CAUUUUAACCGAUAAAACCACUAGUGCACUUACAGUAGACAUCCUUAAAACAUCCGAUCAGAAUUUCACAAUAUUUGCUUUUAAACUUCCUUGAAGUGUCGUUAACUAUCCUACUUGAUAUUUCAAACGGAAUAAAUGCAGUGCGACAAACAUGGAGAUGUAUUUAUAUUUUUCUUUGGUCUAUUUUUCAUUUAUCCAAGAUUCCUGGUGUUACUUUGUUUCAAAUACAAAUGCAACAUGGACAGAAGCAGACACUGAGUGUAAAAUGGCGACACCUACAAUACUGUAUGAAAGACUUAAACUUGAUAUAACUAUUGAUAAACCGAUCUUGAAUCUUGGCGUAUGGGUAGGAUACUACGAGCAUAUGGCCUUAUUCGAUUAUAUUGGUUGUAUUAAAACCAAAAACAUCCAGCCGAUACCAACAGCUAUACAACUUGGUAAAUCAACACCAGGGCGAUGCUAUUCGGCAUGCUCAUACUCACAAUACAUUGGGAUAGAGCAACGUAAGUGCUAUUGUUUUGACACGGAACCUGGUAAAAAGAUCACUGAACAAGAAUGCAAUGAACCCUGUGACGACAUGUCUCAAACUGUGUGCGGCGGAAAGGACCAUAUAUCACUGUACAGAAUAAGUACUAAUGACACGGAUAUCAUUAAAAAAAGAGGAGAGCACAAAUGCCUUCAGAUAAAUUUUAGCGACGGUGCCAAAUAUAACUGGAAAGAUUGUAAAGAAGAUCAAAUGUGGGCCUCGUGUAUAUCAGAUUCCACACAACAAGAAGUCAAAAUCCUUCAGGAAACGAAGUCUUGGAACGAUGCGGCUAAAUUGUGCUUUCAGCAUAAAAGUUAUCCAACCCGGUUUGUAGACAUAAUUCAAAUCAGUGACAAUAACAAAUACUUUUGGACUGGGGUAGUACGCAGUGGUGUUAUUUCCAAAAGUACCGAAUUGGGUAACAUUUCGUCUGACAUCAUGUAUGGAUAUAUGACAUAUAACAUUCCUUCCGGAUAUGUUCUGAAGUUCACACAAGAAAACGAUAAAAAAUAUAUUCUUUGUGGAAAUGAUUUACAUACUUUCACAGAAGAACCACCUACUUCAUCAGUGCCGGAAACGGAAAAUGCCACAACAACAACAGACGUGUCCACUAAUCCUGGAAAUAAGGGAUUGGACGAGGAAGAAGUUGCAGACACACUAGGUAUAAGUGUUACAGUCAGCACCUUAAUUGUAGUCAUCUUUGUGGUUGUGGCAGUAAUGCUGAUGAAAAAGCGGAGAACGAAUCAAGAGACACGUCUGACUGAAGUUGGAUACGUACCCGAACAAACUAAUAACGUAACACAUAUUUCUGAUGAAGCAGGAGACGGUGCUUACACAACAAUUCAAAGCAAUGGCACAGGAGGAGCCAGCAAAGAAAUCGGAAUACAAAAUCCACAAAAGAUUGUUUAUGAGUCAUUGGGUGAAAGAAACGAUAAGGAACACGGCUAUGGAACAGCAAAUACACAAAGGCGUGCUUAUGAGUCAUUAGGUAAAAGACAUGAUGAGGAACACAGCUAUGGAACACCAAAUACACACAGAAAUGCUUAUGAGUCAUUAGGUGACAGACAAAACAAACACACAGCGAUGAAACAUUAAACCAAACAGUUAACUUUAGACUUUAUGAAUGGGUUGAGUAAACACAUAAAUGUACUAAUGAACGGGAUACAAUAUACUUAUACAUAAUAUAUAUUAAGUACUAUAUUUGUAUAAAUAUCUGUGACAAUUUCUUGCCAUGAAGAGAUGGAAUAAUCAGAAUAAAUUGUAUAUUUGAUGUAUUAACAAGUGAACGAGUAUUGCAGUGGCAAUAUGGAAGUCCCCUUCCGGUAAAAAAAAAUACUUGACCUCCAAUAGUUACAUUGACCUUUGACCGACAACCAUGAGUCAUGUGCGCGAUACAUAGUCUAUCCAUGGGCAACAUUUCCGUGUAGUACGAAAAACUCUUCAAUGCAAUUGAAAGUAAUGGAGCAGAAACAAAUUUUUACUUGACCUCGAACAGUGACCUUGACCUUUAACCGACAAGCAUAGAUCAUGUGUUGACACAUUAUCUCAUCAUGGAGAACGUUUGUGUGUAGUGCUUAAAUAUCCUUCAAUGCAAUUAAAAGGAAUGGAGCAGAAACAAUUUUUACUUGACCUUCAAUAGUGACCUUGAUCUUUGAGCUACAAGCAUAUAGCAUGUACGUGCAUAAUAUAUAUAACCAAGGUUUAAGAGCCUCGCUUGAGUUUUUGAGCUAUCGCAGGAUCUAGAUUUGCGGACGGAAACCGGUAGGGGACUAAUAACGUAUCUCAUAACAUUCAAUUAUUGCCAUAAUUAAUUAUACUAGUAGUUGUAUUGCUGUUAAUAAUAACAUUUGGGCGAUUUAUGAUUAAUCACAAAUUAUAUUAUAUACAACUGGUAAAAGGAACCAACCAUUAAUUAGAGCAAGUACUGGUUGUAAAAUGUACGGAUUUUGACCAAUCAGAAGUAACAUUUGAGCCGUGCCAUGAGAAAACCAACAUAGUGGCAUCCGCUUUCAAAGCCUAUUGGAAUUAAAGAAACUGUUAGCGAACAGCAUGGAUCCUGACCAGACUGCGCGGAUACGCAGGCUGGUCUGGAUCCAUGCUGGUCGCAAACCCACUAUGUUUGUUUUCUCAUGGCACGGCUGAUUUAUACUUCUAUAAAUCACAACAUGCUUCUUUAGAUAGCACAAGAUUGCUAGGGUAUACAUAGGUAGACUGAUGAUAGUGAGAUCAUUGUGUAUCCAACGAUUGAUGUAGAUACAUCGGGGAUUCAACUAAUAAUUUAUCCCAGAACCUUGAUCAAAAAGUGAGCAUCGGAAAGCUGAGAAAGAGACAUAAUUGGUUUUAAUCGAUUGAGAAAUGAAGCAACUAACACAGAAAGUAAAACUUUUAACAUUACGAAGUUUGAAACGAAUCAGUUGUUUCUACCAAAUGAUGCCUGACAUUAUGCAAACGACAUGUAGAACAUGUUGUGCUUGCUUUCAUAUCAAUGAGAGGCAAAGAAUACGCCUGUCAUAUCGUUGGAAACAUCAAUUUAUGAAUUUAAAAGAUAACUGAUACUCUCCUGCAGAGUGAUAUGUCUUUAAACAUGAAUUGAUAGAAACGUUAAGGCAAAUGUACUGCAGAACAACAAAGAAAAUAUUGCGUAGUCUUUUAUAUAAAACGUUAUUACUAUGUAUGUUUAAUUAUGCAUAUAUACUAUUUCAUUGUUAUAAAGAAAAUGCUUAAUUUAUUUUAGGCUUUACACUGAAAGAGAGCGGCCUUAAACAUGUAUGGAAGUUAAUAAACAUUUGUGCAAUAAGCAAAUGUGCUGAUGUUUGCAGCAUCAUGAUGGAAAAAUACAUUCUUUCAUUUUUUGCCUAUUCCUUUGCAUAUUUUGUUGUUGCUAUGCAUCGUAAAUUAUAUAUUUAUAGUAUCUGUAUUUACUAUUUCAUUAUUAGAAAAUAAAUACUAAUCUAGCUACUCUAUAAAGUUAACAAACUUUAUAACCGAUCGGUUUCAAGUCACAGAUAUUGAGUUCAUGGUAUGUAUUCUUCAUGUGUUUCUCUCAUUAGCGAUGUUUAGCAGCAGGCUUAAAUCUAAUAACUUGUAAGACAUAUAUAAUACUUUGCACAAUCAGACACGAUUAUAUAGCGCAGGCGAAAGUCAUGUAAACAGUUGAUAAAAGUGAGAAAGACCUCAGGUAAUGCGAAAUUAAAAGAAUAUAAAAAGACUAGUGCUAUGGUUAAAAAGAAACAAGUGAAUGAAUAUUGCCAUGCAAUACAAAGUCCCCUACUGGAAGGCACCUUAUUUUCUCUACUGCAGUAUAACAUAAUGAACCGAUAUCUGUCAAUGAUGUAUAAACAAUAUUGUACUAUAUAUACAAUAUAAUAAAACAAAGCACUUGGAUUAAAAUUUGCAUAUAUAAAAAUGUACAGUUGUUUUCAUUUGGAUUUUUUGGCCGAUUAUACAAAAAGUUAUCAUAAAAGUUAUUUAUAGUAACAACAAAGUGAAAUU